AUGUACGACGAGGAAGAGGUGGAAGAGAUCAGCCAGGAGGACUGCUGGGACGUGAUCAAGGCCUUUUUCGAAGAAAAGGGCCUGGUGCGCCAGCAGAUCGACUCGUUCAAUGAGUUUAUGAGCAACACUGUGCAGGAGUUGGUCGAGGAGAGCAGGAGUCUUACACUGGAACAGAGCGACCAGCACUCGGGCCAUGCCGAGGACAAGUCGCGCCGCUACGAGAUCGAGUUCGGCCAGAUCUACAUGAACAAGCCGCAACAGACCGAGGCAGAUGGCUCUACGGCGCCCCUGUUCCCCCAAGAGGCGCGGCAGCGCAACCUGACCUACUCGGCCGGUCUCCACGUCGACGUCUCGCAAAAGGUCCUUGUCAAGGGCGAGGAGGACGAGCUGGACGAAAACGGCGACCAGCUCUGGGUCCCGGACCCCAGCCGCGAGGAGAUUGUCGACGAAAAGGUGUAUCUCGGAAAGGUGCCGAUCAUGCUUCACUCGCAGUUCUGCUGGCUGACCGAUCUGCCGGACGAGGGCAAGUACAGUCUGAACGAAUGCCCCUUCGACUCGGGUGGCUACUUUAUCAUUAACGGAUCCGAAAAGGUGCUCAUUGCGCAGGAACGCAUGGCGGCGAACCACGUAUACGUCUUUGCCAAGGCCCCGCCGUCGCCCAUUACCUUCCUCGCUGAGAUUCGCAGUGCGGUCGAACGGGGUGGCAAGACGAUCAGCACCAUGCAGGUAAAGCUCUUUUCUCGUAACCGCGAAAAGAGCCUGAACAACACGAUCAAGGCGACGCUGCCCUAUAUCCGCAACGAUAUUCCGAUCGUGAUCGUGUUCCGUGCGCUGGGCAUUGUGCCGGACCGCGAGGUGCUGCAGCACAUCUGCUACGACUUUAACGACACGCAGAUGCUCGAAAUGCUCAAGCCGUGUAUCGAAGAGGCAUUCGUCAUCCAGGAUCGCGAGACGGCACUCGACUUUAUCGGCCGCCGCGGUACGACCACCGGUCUCUCGCGCAGCAAGCGUACGGUCUAUGCGCAAGAGAUUCUGCAAAAAGAGAUGCUUCCGCACAUUUCCAUGUCGGAGGGCUCGAACACGAAGAAGGCGUACUUCUUUGGCUUUAUGGUCCACCGUCUGCUCCUCGCCGCGCUCGACCGCCGCGAGAUUGAUGACCGCGACCACUUUGGCAAGAAGCGUCUCGAUCUCGCUGGGCCGCUGCUCUCGGGCCUGUUCCGCAUGCUCUUCCGCAAGGUCACGCGUGACAUUUACCGCCACCUGCAAAAGUGUGUCGAGGACCAAAAGGAGUUCCACCUGCAGGCCGCCGUGCGCCACGCCACCAUCACUAACGGUCUGCGCUACUCGCUCGCGACCGGUAACUGGGGCGACCAAAAGAAGGCGAUGCAGUCCAAGGCGGGUGUGUCGCAGGUCUUGAACCGCUACACGUUCGCCUCGACGCUGUCGCACUUGCGCCGCUGCAACACGCCCAUUGGGCGCGACGGCAAGAUCGCCAAGCCGCGUCAGCUGCACAACACGCAUUGGGGUAUGGUGUGCCCCGCCGAGACACCGGAAGGCCAGGCUUGUGGUCUGGUCAAGAACCUCAGUCUCAUGUCCAACAUCUCGGUCGGCACGCCUUCGGCGCCCAUUGUCGAGUUCUUGGAAGAGUUCGGCCUGAACAGCCUGAUCGACAUGCAGGUCGCCGACCCCAAGGCGACCAAGGUGUUUGUCAACGGCGUGUGGCUCGGUACGCACGACGACCCCGGCCAGCUUGUCGACACGCUUCGCGAUCUGCGCCGCAAGGACGAUAUUUCGCACGAGGUGAGUGUCGUGCGUGAUAUCCGUGAAAAGGAGCUGCGUAUCUACACGGACAGCGGCCGUAUGCUGCGCCCCCUCUUCAUUGUGGACCAGGCGAACAUGACGCUGCUCAUCAAGCGGCACCAUAUCCAGGCGCUCAACGACGAGACAGGCGAAGGCUGGGACUGGACACGCCUCGUGCAGUCGGGUGUGAUCGAGUAUCUGGACACGGCGGAGGAGGAGACGGUGCUGAUCUGCAUGUCGCCCUACGAUCUCGAGCAGUCGCGCGAGUUCAAGGCGUCGAACGGCAACCUGUCGACCGAGUCGUCGGACGCGACACGCCGCCUGCGCUCCAUCCACACCUUUGCGCCCGACACCUGGACGCAUUGCGAGAUCCACCCGGCAAUGAUCCUUGGUGUGUGUGCCAGCAUCAUUCCCUUCCCCGACCACAACCAGUCGCCGCGUAACACCUACCAGUCGGCAAUGGGCAAGCAGGCGAUGGGUGUCUUUUUGACCAACUACCAGAUUCGUAUGGACACCAUGGCGAAUAUCCUGUACUAUCCGCAAAAGCCCCUCGCGACGACGCGUGCGAUGGAGUACCUCCGCUUCCGUGAGCUGCCUGCGGGUCAGAAUGCGAUUGUCGCGAUUCUCUGCUACUCGGGCUACAACCAGGAGGACUCGGUGAUUAUGAACCAGUCGGCGAUCGACCGCGGUCUCUUCCGCUCGCUCUACUACCGCACCUUCCAGGACAUGGAGAAGAAGGUCGGUGUGAUUACUAUGGAGGAGUUUGAGAAGCCGACGCGCGACACGGCCAUCCGCCUGAAGCAUGGUACCUAUGAGAAGCUCGACGUGGACGGCCUCGUACCGCCCGGCACGCGUGUCUCCGGCGAGGACAUUAUCAUCGGCAAGACGGCGCCGUUGCCGCCGGACAGCGACGAGCUGGGUAUGCGCAGCAAGACGCACACCAAGAAGGACGUCAGUACGCCGAUGAAGAGCACCGAGAGCGGUAUCAUCGACCAGGUACUCAUCACGACAAACGGCGAAGGCGCCAAGUUCGUCAAGGUCCGUGUGCGCUCGACGCGUGUGCCGCAGGUCGGCGACAAGUUUGCCUCGCGUCACGGGCAGAAGGGUACGGUGGGUAUUACCUACCGCCAAGAGGACCUGCCGUUCACUGCCGAGGGUAUCACGCCGGACAUUAUCAUCAACCCCCACGCCAUUCCCAGUCGUAUGACCAUCGGGCACUUGGUCGAGUGUCUCCUUUCCAAGGUCGCGACGCUCUCGGGCCAGGAAGGUGAUGCGACGCCCUUUACCGACCUCACGGUCAAGGGCGUGUCGGACAUUCUCCACUCGCUUGGCUACCAGUCGCGUGGCCUGGAGGUGAUGUACAACGGCCACACGGGCCGCAAGCUGCAGGCGCAGGUGUACCUCGGCCCGACGUACUACCAGCGCCUGAAGCACAUGGUCGACGACAAGAUCCACUCGCGUGCGCGUGGUCCCGUACAGAUCCUCACGCGCCAGCCCGUCGAGGGUCGCUCGCGUGACGGUGGUCUGCGUUUCGGUGAGAUGGAGCGCGACUGUAUGAUCUCGCACGGUAUGGCCAACUUUUUGAAGGAGCGCAUGUACGACGCCAGUGACGCGUACCGCCUGCACAUUUGUGACAUUUGUGGCCUGACGGCGAUCGCGAACUUGCGCAAGAACACGUUCGAGUGCCGCGCGUGCCGCAAUCGCACGUCCAUCUCGCAAAUUCACAUUCCGUACGCGGCCAAGCUUCUGUUCCAGGAGCUGAUGAGUAUGGGUAUCACUACGCGUUUGUACUAG